AUGCGUUACACUGUGAUCAACGGCCUUCUCCUUUUGGCCGUUUCUCCCUUUGCGGCUCUCGCGCUUCCCGUCGACCCCAACGACCAGGGUGGUCAGUGGGAUCCGAGUGGACAAUAUCGAAAGGGCCACUAUGAUCAGAACGGCAACUUCAUUCCCAACCAAGGCAGCAACCAGGUCGGCUGGAAUGAGAAUGGCCAAAAGUAUCAGAAUGGCCAGAGUUGGCAGAAUGGUCAGAAUGGCAACUAUCAAAAUGGCCAGUGGCGCGACAAUGACGGGAACCCGAACAACAACUGGAAUCGGAAUGGACAGUACAACAACCAAUGGCAGCGUCGCUCUUUCCCCAGUCAGUCUCUGAAUGCGGAGGAACUCCGCAAUCACGGCAAUCUUGGCGUCCCUGGCGUUGGAGCCCCCAGUGUCGGUCUUCCUCGAGUCGGUGUUCCUGGUGUGGGUAUUCCCGGCACUGGCAUCCACGCUCGCAACUGGCCUUAUGAUCAGAACAACCAGAACAGUCAGAGUGGCUGGACAGACGCUCAUGGUGUUUGGCAUCAGAAUAACCAGAACACCCAGAAUGGAGCCGGCUGGACGGAUGCCAACGGUGUCUGGCACUCCACUGACUACAGUCAGGGCUGGACGGAUGCCAAUGGAGUGUGGCACAACAACCCCAACAACAACAAUAACAACCAAAACAGCCAAGGUGGCUGGACGGAUGUCAAUGGCCAGUGGCACGCAAACCAGAAGCGUGAUAUCGUGCCCGGUGUCGGCGUACACGCCCCUGGCAUCACCCACUAUGACCAGCCAACUCUAGUGAACGAUGCCGCUGCUGCUAGCUCUAUUGUCCACGUCCCGCGUUACAUUCCUGAUACCGACCGCUAUGAUGACCGGUACAACAGCAAUCGGGAGCAGGAGGAGGCCGAUCGCCACCAAGAGCACAAUGAGGACCGUGAAACCGCUGAAGAGGUUGCCUCCGCCCUGAUCCCCCGCUCGUGGCCAUCCAACAAUGACUGGAACCGCGACCAUGACGGGGACUACAAUAACCGCUACAACCACAAGUGCAAGAGUGAUGACUGGAACCGCUACGGUGCUACUCCUACUCGCUCUGUUAGCGCCCGCAACUUCCCCCAGGACCAGAACACCUGGAACAACAACAACAACGCCGGCUACAAUGGCAAUGGCCACAACGGCUACAACCAGAACAACCGUCAAGCUACUCCCGGUGCAAACUACAAGAACAACGCCCACUACGACAACUACACCAACAAGGACAAGCAUGAGGAGAAGGAUCUCAAAACCGCUGGUGGUGAGCUCGAGUAA